AUGGCUGAUUUGGGGGGUCAGCGUGACCGGAACUACCGGCCACCAGGGUAUGGCGCGGCUUCAUCGAUGCAGCGAAACGCUGCCUAUUCCGAUAUUUUUGGCAGCGCGCCACCUCCCGGUCGCUCCCAGACGAUGAAUUCACAGACCCCUCAAUUUACCCAAAGUCGCGCCCACACGAUGUCGUCUCAAGUGGCGCAGCCCCAAUUUCAUCGACAGCCGCCCCCGCCAACUCGCCAGCCAGUUCCCAACGGCUAUGGAUCCCCGCCAUCUGCACCGCCAAAUGGAUAUGCCCCGUCGCCUCCAAAUGGGCAAUAUCAAACAUACAAUCCAAUGGCUGCUCAGAUGGGAUCCCAGCAACCUGGGCGUGCAUAUGCCAGCCGUCCCUCGGUCUCACCCUAUCCACGCCCCGUCCGCCUAAGCUCCAGAACUGGCCAGGCUCCUGCUCAGUAUCCUGAUCCCCGGACGAUUCCCCCGCCCGCUCUUAAUUCUGACUCCGCCAGGUCUCGCUCCAUGGCCAUGUUGAGCGGUCCUCCGUAUCAGCAACCCUCCGCCCCGCCCCCACCAAGCAACUUCAAUCACACGUCUGCGCUCGCUUCUCGACGCGGUCCUUAUCACCAUGGUGCACCGACGGUGACUCAACCAGGCCGACCUCUCCCGGACAGACAUGCUAAUGAGCGAGCCAUGUCCAUGACUACCUAUGCGGCAGAGCGGGAUUCAUCUCACAUCGUUGGUGGCCGACAAAUUCCCUCCCGACGACCACAAUCUGGCCAGGAACCAGAACCCUUGCCGCCCCGAUUUGAUUCAAUGCCAGCCGCAGUUGCAGACGGUUUCACGUCAAACCGUCCUCCCAGCGAUCAAUCGAUCGCGGCGCGAACCAUGUCCAUGGCAUCGACCAUUAUGCCUGACCGCACUAUGAGUGUUCAGAGCCAGGCGACGCAGCGGUCCAACGGCCAGAGUACUCUUGUAUCCCGCGACUCGCGCCGGAAGGUCCCCGUUGUCUACCCCGCUAUGCUUUCUCGAGUUGCGGAGGUAUUCCGCGAGCGGAUUUCUCUCGGCGAGAGACAAAAGAACGGGCUGUCCUAUCAGAAUGCCUUCUCCGGAUCUGACGCAGUGGACAUGAUUGCUUCAAUCAUUAGAACAAAUGAUCGCAACCUUGCUCUUCUUCUUGGUCGAGCUCUCGACGCUCAGAAGUUUUUCCACGAUGUAACAUACGACCACCGCCUUCGUGAUGCCCCCGGUGAAGUUUACCAAUUCAAAGAAACACUUGGAGAGGAGCCUAUGGGCACGGAGGUUAAUGGUGUUUUCACUCUCUUGACAGAAUGCUAUUCGCCAACCUGCAGCAAAGAUAGCCUUUGCUAUUCCAUUGCCUGUCCACGCCGAUUGGAGCAGCAGGCCAGGUUGAACAUGAAGCCUCAGCCGGUACUGAGAAACUCGAGUAGCCAUGGAAGCUUGCACGCAGAUGAUGAUGACGAUAAUGACAACCAAAAGCUUUGGAUCAGUACAGUUCCAAAGGAAAUCUCUGAUGCCAUCGAUGACCAUGAGAAAAAACGACAAGAGAUCAUCUUCGAAGUCAUGUACACCGAGCGCGACUUUGUCAAGGAUCUUGAAUACUUGCGGGAUUUCUGGAUGCGUCCUCUGCGCUCAAACACCUCCCCUAUUCCAGAACACCGACGCGAGAAGUUCAUCCGCACAGUGUUCGGCAACUGCUUGGAGGUGUUAAAAGUGAACAGUGGACUUGCCGAGGCUCUGAAUGCUCGCCAAAAAGAGAGCCAUGUUGUGAAGUCGAUCGGUGAUAUUUUCCUUCAGCAUGUGCCCCGCUUUGAUCCUUUUAUCAGGUAUGGUGCAAAUCAGCUCUAUGGAAAGUAUGAGUUUGAGAAGGAGAAGGCAUCGAACCCGGCCUUUGCCAAGUUUGUCGAGGAUACCGAGCGCCUGAAGGAAUCGCGAAAGCUGGAAUUGAACGGAUAUCUCACGAAGCCCACCACGCGGCUCGCUCGAUAUCCGCUGUUCCUUGAGUCGGUUGCGAAGUACACCAAGGAUGGCAAUCCAGACAAGGUCGAUGUUCCCGAAGCCAUCAAGCUUAUCAAGAGUUUCUUGUCUCGGGUCAAUGCCGAGAGUGGUAAGGCAGAAAACCACUUCAAUUUGGUGCAGCUGAAUGCAGCCUUGAAGUUCAACCCAGGGGACUACGUUGAAUUGAAGCUUACCGAGGACAACCGACAAAUGCUCACCAAGAUGGCAUUUAAGAAGAGUACAGCUGAGAGCUCCGAAGUGACGGUAUACCUUUUUGAUCAUGCCGUGCUUCUCGUUCGUAUCAAAGUGGUGAACAAGCGCGAAGAGUAUCGUGUUUAUAAAAAGCCCAUUCCUCUUGAACUGCUUGUCAUCGCUCAGAUGGACGAGGUUAUCCCGCGACAGGGUAUUGCAAAGAGGCCUUCAACGAACCUUCUAGCCAACAAAGCUGGUGUUAAUCCCCCUCCCGCCAAAGACGGUGGCUUGCCUAUUACGUUCCGCCAUCUUGGCAAAGGAGGUUACGAACAGACCCUCUAUGCUACCUCUCCAACCCAGCGGCGCAAGUUCAUUGAGAUGGUGGAGGAGCAACAGCGAAAGCUCUGGGAACGCAACAGCAAUUUCUACACUAAGAAUCUCUUGUCCGAGAACUUCUUUACGGCCACCAAUCGAGUCAACUGCUGCGUCCCAAUUGAUGGUGGUCGAAAGUUGGUUUACGGAACUGACAGCGGCAUCUAUUUGUCAGACAGAUGGCCCAAGGACAAAUCUGCAAAGCCUCGGCAAGUGUUAGACACCACACAAGUCACCCAGAUCGAUAUCCUCGAGGAGUACCAGUUACUCCUUGUCUUGGCCAACAAAAGUCUUAUGUCAUAUCCUAUGGAGGCUCUUGAAUUAGAUGGGAGCCAGAACGCGAUGGCUAAACGCCCCAAGAAGAUUCAGGGUCACGCUAACUUCUUCAAGUCUGGUAUCGGUCUCGGAAGACACCUUGUGUGCUCGGUGAAGACAUCUGCACUCUCCAGUACAAUCAAGGUCUACGAGCCCAUGGACAAUUUAGCUAAGGGCAAAAAGAAGUCGGCUGUGAGCAAGAUGUUCCAGAGUGGACAGGACACUUUGAAGCCAUUCAAGGAAUACUACAUCCCCGCGGAAUCUUCUUCCAUCCACUUCCUGCGUUCAACGCUUUGCGUCGGGUGUGCCAGAGGCUUCGAGGUUGUCAGUCUUGAGACUACGGAGACUCAGUCUCUUCUGGAUCAAGCCGAUACCUCUCUCGACUUUGUUGCGCGCAAGGAGAACGUGAAACCCAUCCACAUUGAGCGCAUGAACGGCGAGUUCUUGUUGAACUACAGUGACUUCUCGUUCUUUGUCAACCGCAAUGGUUGGCGAGCUCGUCCUGAUUGGAGGAUCUCAUGGGAAGGCAAUCCUAACGCCUUUGCCCUCUCAUAUCCCUACAUCUUGGCUUUCGAGCCUAAUUUCAUCGAAUUCCGUCACGUCGAAACAAGUGAGCUGAUUCACAUCGUUACUGGAAGAAACAUUAGAAUGCUACACUCUUCCACUCGAGAGAUCAUCUACGCUUAUGAGGACGAAAUGGGCGUAGACGUGAUUGCAAGCCUCGAUUUCUGGAGCAAGGUGCCACCGCCUCCACAAACCUCGAACGCGAUUUGA